CAAAAUUGAAAAUCGAAUGCAUAAAAUUGAAUAGUUCUUUGAAAGAUUUUAAAUAAAAUUUUGAUGCACUUGCUUAACCAAGUGUCCUGAGCGGAUGUCAUCGAGCAACCCCUAAAAGGUUAAAUAAAUGCAAUUGCAUACGCGUAUACAAUUAUUCAUCAACUUCCUUUACUUACCCCGCUACGCACGUAUGUACGUGUUGGUGUUGUGCUUAUAAGAAAGUUUAAAUAAAUUCUCUGAAUGAUUAUCGUUUUGUUGUUGUUCUUCCAAUCAAUCUGCCUGUAUUGUCAGCGUUUAGUGUUAUACAUUCAUGACCGAUGGAUCAAUCCGAAAAAUGUGCGCCUAUUAAAAGAAGCAGCAGAAUCAGCUAAAAGUACGAAAAUAGGUCCAGAUGAAUAUCAAGGAUGUCAAGUGAAACGAUCCAGAAAACGAGGUUAUGUUUUGAACUCGAGCAGUUCAAAUGCGUUAGGUGGCAACGAGUAUUGUCGUUUCUGCGCUAAUACACCGCAGGGCUACUGCCGUCAUCAUUUUCAUUUACAAGAGUUGCAUAUGCAUAAAUUACAACAACAAAAGGAAUAUAAUAACAGUCUGUGGUGUUCGUUGGGUAGAAGUUUUGAAAGGACGGCAGAUUUGCGGCAAUUACGUAGAAUAAAACGUGAAUUAAAACGUAAUUUGCAACAACAAAAACAGCAAAACAUCCAACCAAUUCCUUUACUAUCAAAAUACAAAAACGUUGAAAGUCAUUUUUUAGCACAGGAGGAGCAAACUUCACCCACAGAUUCCGGUUAUCAGUCCAGCCCAUUGACUUCCCCUUCAAGUGUUAUCAGCACCACACACAGUGAAUUCAUUUCGUUACUGUCACCUGAUCAUGCUGGUUUAAUAUCGCCUUCACCUUUUGAGGACCGUCAAAGUGCGUUCGGUGUUAACAGCUGCGGUCCAGCCUCCCAAAGUUUUGUACCUUACGAUCAUAGAACUGGUUUAUCUACCACAUACUUGUGAAAAUUUUUGCCUUUGUUUAUUUG